AUGAAGCUCCUCAUCGCCCUCGCGCUCGCCGCCGCGCCGUCCGCCCUCGCGAUGGCGCCCUACGUCCCGUCCGAAUUGAACGGGUGCGACGAACCCUGCGCGGAUGUCGUUACUAUCGACUCGCCGUCCUUCCCCACGAUUGAAUCCGGUACUUGUUACGUAUUUGACGGCAUGUUCCCCUCCGGAGGGAUAGGAGUCCCCGACGGGGUCAACUGUGUGAAGAUCACGGUCCCGAGCGACUCCGGCCUAGUCUUCAUUUCCGCACACAUCCCGCGUCCUACUUGCCCCGCGCCCCGCGAAACGCUGAGACGCGGCGCGCGCAGGUCUUCGGCGACAACGCGGAGAUCGUCAACGCCGGCAAGGUAAUUUCCAUCUUCGCGCGCCUCCCGCGUCUAUUGCUUUUUGCUCUGCGAGGCCUUCAACCACGCAGGUCCAACCCACAGUUGACGGAACGAAGAUCACGAACACCGGCACCAUGAGCGACGGCAACCCCGUCCAGAUCGCAGCGCGCCCCCUGCGUCCCUCCGCCUCCGAAGGGCCUCGACGACGCCUCCCUCGCGCGCAGGUCUUCUCGCCUAGUGGAGCCGAGAUCACGGUGAGUGAGCCGGGCAAAGCGCAGAUCUUCGUGCGCGACCCGCGUCCGUUGAGCCCGCCGCGCGAAAGCGAAGAAUUCGAAACGCAGGCCAAUGGUGGAACCGACAUCAUCUUCAAGUGCUACGGUGCGGACGCGACGGCGACGCCCUCGACGCCCGCGCUCUGCCCCUAG